AUGGCCUGCACCCCAGCAGAGUCGGAGCCGAACUCCUUGAGGUCAACAUAUAAAUUUAAUGUAGGAUCUAGAAAAAAUCUGAUCGUGAUUAAACCUGAAAAAUGCAAAAUAAAUGAACAAAAACAAUUUCUAAAGCUUGGGCUCCUAAACAUUAGAUCACUCGCACCCAAAGCAGUUAUUGUAAAUGAAAUGAUCACAGAUAAUAGUUUUGAUGUACUUUGUUUGACUGAAACCUGGCUUAAACCAAAUGAAUAUUUUGGUCUAAAUGAGUCUACUCCACCAAGCUACUGUUAUAAACAUGAACCCCGUCAGACUGGUCGUGGCGGUGGUGUCGCGACAAUAUAUAGUGAUUUUCUCAAUGUUACUCAGAAAACAGGAUACAGGUUUAACUCAUUCGAAAUACUUCUACUUAAUGUUACACUGUCAGAUAUGCAAAAGAAAUCUCUCCUAUCUCUUGCUCUGGCUACUGUGUAUAGACCACCAGGGCCAUAUACAGAAUUCCUAAAAGAAUUUGCAGAUUUCCUCUCAGAUCUAUUGGUUAAUGUUGAUAAAGUGCUAAUUGUCGGAGAUUUUAACAUUCACAUUGAUAAUACAAAUGAUGCGUUAGGACUUGCGUUUACUGACCUAAUAAACUCUUUUGGAGUCAAGCAAAAUGUCACCGGGCCCACUCAUCGUUUUAAUCAUACGCUAGAUUUAAUUAUAUCGCAUGGAAUUGAUCUUACUGAUAUAGAUAUCGUACCUCAAAGUGAUGAUGUUACUGAUCAUUUCCUUGUAUCGUGCAUGCUGCAUAUUACCGAUAUUAACUAUAUGGCUCCGCGUUAUCGUCUGGGCAGAACUAUUGUUCCAGCCACCAAAGACAGAUUCACAAAUAACCUGCCUGAUUUAUCUCAACUGCUCUGUGUACCCAUAAAUACACGUGAACUAGACAUUUACAUUUACAUUUACAUUUAUGCAUUUAGCAGACGCUUUUAUCCAAAGCGACUUACAUUGCAUUCAAGUUACAGUUUUUUUACAUUUUAUCAGCUCUAGACGAAAUGACUAGCA